AAAACUCACACCACACCCAAAUCUUAAUACACCACACACACAAAAAAAGAACCAUGUCUAGCUUCACUCAUGCCACCACACUACUCCAUGCUCACAUCAAAACCAAACACAAAAUCACUUCAAACAACAACAUUAACAACAACCACAACAAAAACAACCUUUCAUCUUCUAAACAAAAUGCAACCAAUAGAAGAAAUUUAAUUUCAACAUUUCUAGCUACAUCAAUGGUUGUUGGCACAGCACCAUCAGCAUCAGCACAGAAUUGGGGCACUCGUUCUUUCCUGAGAGAACAUUUUUUUCAGCCAGGGCUUUCCCCUGAAGAUGCGGUUUUAAGGAUAAAACAAACAGCUGAAGGGUUACAUAAUCUUAGGGAAAUGUUGGAAACUUUGUCUUGGAGGUAUGUUAUGUUUUAUAUAAGAUUGAAACAGAACUAUCUUGAACAGGAUUUGAAAAAUGCUAUGACUACUUUGCCGGAAAAUCGUCGCAAGGAGUAUGUCAAAACUGCUAACGAAUUGGUUGAUCACUUGACUGAGAUGGAUCGUUAUGUUCGAUCGCCAAAGGUAUAUGAGUCGUAUUUAUACUACGAGAAGACAUUGAAAUCAAUAGAUGAACUUGUAGCUAUAUUAGCAUAGUUCAAAGGUGAAGCUGCAGGGUAUUGGUAUUUUGAAUUAUAAUUGUAUAAACACAUAAUCUUGACAUUAUUUUUCUUCUGAAUUUUGGAUUUUUGAUUGAACAUAUAUAGAAGGUUUACCUGGAUGUAAAACUUUUAAGUA